AACACAGGAAGGAGACAAUAUAAGGACUGAGCAGGCUGUCCUGCAUCAGAUAGCUGAGCACAGGUUGAAGUGUCCAAGCACACACCCGGACAGACCCUCUGUCAGUGGGUUUCCCGUCCUGGGAGUCCAGGAAAAGGAGUUUGAGAAAAAGUGUUAUCUGGCCCUGAACUCAUUCCUGAUUUAACAGGUAGACCAUCACGGAACGCGCCAAAAUGUUUUUCAGGGUCCCAAGACUGACUCCGGGCUACAUCAGGCUGCUGCAGACCCAGGCCUACCACAAUGUGGCUGUGACGCCUCCAGGUGAGAGGACCAUGCCCGGCAUGGCUAUGCUGCUGGGAGCCGUGGGGAUCGGGUUGUGUGGCUACAGCUCCAGGCAGUUGGCCCUCUACCAUCGGCCCUCCGCCCGUGUGCUGCAGUGGGUUGGCACACACACUGAUGCCAGCAUGGUGUGCACAGUGGCCCAUAGGACCCCCUUCCUGGAUGUUAAUCGCCAGGCCGUUGCUUGCCAGGAGACCCCACCUCCAUCCUUUGUGGGCCAGACAGUCCCUGUGAAAUAAUACCCUUUGAUGCUAGGUUGGGUAUAGAUUGGCCAUCACGUAGGUUGAGCUCCAGUAACUACACUUAUGCACAACUAAGAUUGUAGCUAUGCUGGCCCCCAGUGUGGCCCAUGUGCUCUCUGAUGAUGUGCAAGUGUGGAUAUUUGACUGACCUCAACCUUUAUGUUCGCAGGGAAUUAGAUGUCUUAUAGUAAUAAUGAAUUCUGUAACUAGUGCAACACAUAUAAAAAUAGCUGAAAUUAGAUUAUUAGUGUGGAAUACUAUUGGAUUGUAUCAAUUACUAACAAAUAGAGUAUGUCAUGCACUGAGAGGGCACAAAGCAAUAUGAAUGAAAUGGAUGAGUACGUAAUGAUGCUGGAACUUCCCCUAUACUUUUGAAUGUAGCUUGAAGGAGUUAACGUGUUUAAUUUGGAGACAUUGUGUGUCUUUUUGAGGCCUGGCGUAAAGGGACUGACGCUUGGCAGUGUCCCUCUGUACACAGAUGGUUGGCAACUCUCUCCCUGUCCCCUCCCCUUCCCUCCCCAGGCAGACAGCCAUGUGUAAGUGCUUGAGCACCCCAUCCCUGCCCAUGACUUCAAUAAUUGAUUGCCUCUGAGGAGUUGCAGGUGCCAUCCAUCAACAAGCCUUGGCGUUUGCUGGCGCCGUCUGGUCACCGGCUGUCAAUCAAGAGACGAUGGAGAAAGACACAGGUUGGCUUUGUGGCUGAAACAGUGACUGGUGCUACCUGGGCUCAGAAAAGUUAAAUUCUCCAAGGGUUUGGUCAAGGUGGUGAUAGAAUAGCUCAGUGGCAGGGCACUUUUAUGGAUUGAAACCACUUCUUUAAAUAGAAGAAAGUUAAGUACAUUUGAUAUCACAACCCAAGUCACAUAAACAACACAAAUACACCUUGCUGGAUUAUGAAUCCUAAUUUCCCUUGACUGAGACACUGCGGGUGGCAGGCGGGCAAGGUAGAAGGGUGAGUCCUCCUGGAAAAGCCUGUGUCCUUUGUGCGGAUUAACCCAGGUGGAAAAAUCAUUCCUGGCAACAUACAACUUACCCUAAUCUGGUAUUAGAGACAAGGACCCGUGAGAGGCAGGCAGUCCCUGUGCAUUCCAACUUUGUGCCAUUCCCCCUGCAGUGUCCACCAUUUGUCCCACUGCCAUACAUGGAUUUAUUCAUUAUAGGAUUGGUGUUUCCUUUUGUGUUGACACAAAAAUGCAGCAGUGAAAAGGGACUUGAAAUUCGGCGAGACACUGAGCGUGGUUGAGAAUGCGUGCUGUGCCUUACUAUGGAUAGCACAGGGUCAUACUGUCUUUAUCUUUACUGCCUCUUAUUUUUUUAUUUUAUUGAAAAUCUACUGAAUAUAGAGUUUUGUUUUUCACAUAUUGUGGUGUGAUGGUACCAAGCCAUAAAAAUGCAGUUUUAUUUCUCCACAAGCAUGGGGACAGGAGGAGGAGGAAGUUCCUUAGUACUCUGGAAAGCUGUGAAGAAUGAGGAUGGUGAGAAAAUUGAGUUUUUCAUCACUUAGAGGUCAGCCAGACCUUGUAAUCAAUUUCCUCAUUGUUUAAGAGCCACCCUUGUCCGUCUGCCAAAUUGGACCAGCGGCUAGUUGCCCGAAUAGUACGCCCUCCAGAACACUAGCGCAGUAGGUCACAAAAUGUUCAUAAUCCACUCAGCAGAGGGGGCCAAUGGCUCCAACUGGCAUCAGACACUGAACAAAGAAUUGUUUGCCUUGCUCUGGAUAGAGACUGACACCCAUAAUCAAUUUCAUAAUUGGAUUGUGAAAACAACAGGAUACUCUGUAUUACCAUAUAAGCCUAAAGGAAGAUUAGAGAGUAAAUUGGGACUUUUAAAUGUGAAGAUUCAGAUACACGUAUAACUUCACCUGUUCUGAAAUCUAAGUCUGAAAGUAUCUGUCACGCUGGUGCGACCUGCGUUUUAUAGUCAUUUUCAGGCAUUGCACUUCCAUGAGUGUGAAACCAAUGAGAGUGGGGGCUGGAGGUUUUGUAAUGCACCUGGCUGCUUUUGAUGGAUUCUCGCUAUACUGCAGUGGUGCACAGUGAGCACAGAGCACUGUGGAAACCUAUUGAUCUCAAUCAGAGAGUGAGAGAGAGCUUGUCUCCUCACUGCAGCAUUGUGCAGUUUAUGAAGGAGAACUGCCAAGACACUGCACUCACAAAAAUGAAUAUCUGGAAACAUGUUUGUUGUUGGAAUAAAAUACAGGGAAUGUUUGAAAGCACAGUAUUCAUCUGUUAGCUUGUUGUACAUCAGUGCUCAUUCACAUCAUUCUGUAAAGCUCCACAAACUCGACUUCAGCUGUGCUCAUUAAAGGAGAGAUUUCUUCUGUUAGCAAUAUAAUUAAUAAUUCAUGAAAAGAUGUUGGAAGACAUUGAUGAAAUAAAAGCAUUUGGCAAACAUGCUGCUCUACUGUUGCACUUAGUCCCACCUGUGGGUCAGAUUGUUUUUGUACAGUGUUGUUUGAUGAAGUUGUGCUUUUUGUACCAAGAAAUAAAUAUGUUUUUAGUC